CCAUGACUUACGUCAACAGUAUGCACAGAACCGUCGUAGCUAGGGGGUGGUUUUAGAAAUGAAUUAUUGAACUACGUGGGAAAAUGUUUUUAAAAAUCGGGCAUGUGCAAAAAUCUCGGUGCAUUUCGUCAUGCGUUGACUUUCGACACCACCCGCUGGCGCAUGCGUAUUUCGAUCACCGAGUGAUGUGCUGUUGAAAGUAAAUUUCAUAAUUCUGAAAGAUGUCCUCUUUCGUUUCGUGGAGACAAUGGCAUUGAGCAAACCCUCCACGAGUAAUAACGAAAGGAUGAGGCUUAUUUAAACCAGACUGGAAGAGUUUGCUUUCACUGAAAACAGUCGCGUGUCACCUGCAACAAAUCGCAGUCACACACACUAGUCUCAAACGUCAUUAUGAAACAAAUCGCAACACAUUUUCAUCUGAAUAUCCUCCUGGAUCAGACUUCAGACAGAUGCUCCUGUCGGAGUUCAGUAAAGAAGCUGAUUUGACGACUCAAGCGAGUUUUGUAUGGCAAGGAAUAUCGCGCGUGCCAAACGUCCUUAUUCAGGCAAUGCUUCUUCAACAAACGACACCAUCAGCACGAUUCAAACAACUUCAUCAUCUACCACAGCUGAUAAUACAACUUCUAUUUCUCCUACUCCAACUACUCCACCACACGCAACUGACAGCACCACAGAGCAUAGCACCAAUGUUACCACUGGCACAACUACUCCACCACACGGAACUGACAGUACCACAGAGCAUAGCACCAAUGUUACCACUGACACAACUAUUAAACCACACGUAACUGACAGCACCACAGAGCAUAGCACCAAUGUUACCACUGGCACAACUACUCCACCACACGUAACUGACAGCACCACAGAGCAUAACACCAAUGUUACCACUGGCACAACUAUUAAACCACACGCAACUGACAGCACCACAGAGCAUAACACCAAUGUUACCACUGGCACAACUAUUAAACCACAUGCAACUGACAGCACCACAGAGCAGAGCACCAAUGUUACCACCGGCACAACUAUUAAACCACAUGCAACUGACAGCACCACAGAGCAUAACACCAAUGUUACCACUGGCACAACUACUCUACCACACGUAACUGACAGCACCACAGAGCAUAGCACCAAUGUUACCACUGGCACAACUAUUACACCACAUGCAACUGACAGCACCACAGAGCAUAGCACCAAUGUUACCACUGGCACAACUACUCCACCACACGUAACUGACAGCACCACAGAGCAUAACACCAAUGUUACCACUGGCACAACUAUUAAACCACAUGCAACUGACAGCACCACAGAGCAUAACACCAAUGUUACCACUGGCACAACUACUCCACCACACGUAACUGACAGCACCACAGAGCAUAGCACCAAUGUUACCACUGGCACAACUAUUACACCACAUGCAACUGACAGCACCACAGAGCAUAACACCAAUGUUACCACUGGCACAACUAUUAAACCACAUGCAACUGACAGCACCACAGAGCAUAGCACCAAUGUUACCACUGGCACAACUAUUAAACCACAUGCAACUGACAGCACCACAGAGCAGAGCACCAAUGUUACCACUGGCACAACUAUUAAACCACAUGCAACUGACAGCACCACAGAGCAUAACACCAAUGUUACCACUGGCACAACUACUCCACCACACGUAACUGACAGCACCACAGAGCAUAGCACCAAUGUUACCACUGGCACAACUAUUACACCACAUGCAACUGACAGCACCACAGAGCAUAACACCAAUGUUACCACUGGCACAACUAUUACACCACACGCAACUGACAGCACCACAGAGCAGAGCACCAAUGUUACCACUGGCACAACUAUUAAACCACAUGCAACUGACAGCACCACAGAGCAUAACACCAAUGUUACCACUGGCACAACUACUCCACCACACGCAACUGACAGCACCACAGAGCAUAACACCAAUGUUACCACUGGCACAACUACUCCACCACACGCAACUGACAGCACCACAGAGCAUAGCACCAAUGUUACCACUGGCACAACUACUCCACCACACGCAACUGACAGUACCACAAAGCCCAUUACCAGCAUCAGCCCUGGGAACCAUUCUACCACCCCCAUUGGCACAGAGACGAGUACCAAAGUGGUAGCAGAGAGUUCAACCAGCGCUGGAGGCACCACAGUCACAGUGGCACCCAAUCCAUCUUUCUACAUCUCCUUCAAGAUCACAAAUAAGAUAUUCAAUUCCUCACUCACUGAAAUCAACUCAGACUACUACAAGGCUUUGGAAAACCAAGUUCUUCAAGUGUUGGGUAAAAUCUAUGGGUGUACAAGUUGCAGCACUUCCAAGACCUACGACGGAUCAACAGUUCUGAGAUUCAGUCAAGGUUCUGUGGUCGCAGACACAAAAUCGUAUUUCAAGACAAAUGACAUCAACGCGGCAACUGUUCAAAAGCAAUUUGAAAAUUCACUAAAAAAUAAUGGAGAUACGAUUAACUCACUUCAACUGAGUGCAGAUUCUAUUAGAGUGACUUCGACGGAUGCCACGCCCCCCCCCAGUCAGUCUGACAGUCAGGUCCCUGGCUGGGGGAUAGCCCUGCUGGUUCUUGCUGCUCUCAUCCUCCUCAUUCUCCUCAUCAUCCUGAUCCUGAUGAUUAUCUACUGCUGUAUGAGGAGACGGCGCGGUCAGUUCAAUGUCUUUGGGAUCGGAGGUUAUUAUUCCAUGAAUGACAGCGCUGGCUACCCCAUGUACUCCACUCAUGCACACUACGAAGUGCCAAACGGAGGGAGCGCCCCCUACAACACAAAUCAAAGAAACGGAGGGGGCUACAGCAACAAAGCACUGGACACCGACAACUUGUGAAGAGUGACAUCAAAAAAGACCUUCCGACGCAUACAUACACGCACACACACACAGAGACACACACACACACACACAGACACACACACACACGCACAGAGACCACACACACACACACAGAGACACACACACACACACACACAUCUGGAUAAAAUCUCAAGAGAUCAGCUAUUGGAACAUUUCUCCUUCUCCCCUUUAAAAAGAUCUUCUGAUGACAGCUCUGGGAUGUACAGAGAAUACUAGAUCCUGGGAUUCCUUUGUAAAUGUCUUGAGAUUUGUGUGUGUGUGUGUGUGUGUGUGUGUGUGAUGUACUGAUGUUUAAUCCUGAUCACGCAUAUUUCUGUGCAUUUACUACAUUAACUUAUGGCAAUAGCGUGACUUGCCAUGCCAGUAAAAACCAUUUGAAUUUGAGAGGGGGACUUUUUUAAAAACUGUAUUCUUUUAAAAAACAAUAUUAAUUUAAACCACAAAAUGUGCAAUAUAGCUAAUGUAAAAUCUUUGACAAAAUACUGUAUUUUGACUUUUAAAACGCUGUGAAUGUAGAAGCCGUUAGGCAACUUUCACGCAAUUUGAUUGGCUCUUGUAAUGCUUUAUUUGCAUAUCUCCCUACAACCCAUUUGUUUUUGAAUUUAUUACUUUCACUCAUCUUAACUCGAAAGCUACUUGUUUUAUAUAUAUAAAGAGAGAGAGAGAGAGAGAGAGAGAGCGAGAGAGAGAGAGCGAGAGAGCGAGAGCGAGAGAGAGAGAGAGAGAGAGAGAGAGAGAGAGAGAGAGAGAGAGAGAGAGAGAGAUGGUAAUGGUAAUGAUUGUGGACCAGCAAGGGUACUAACUAUGAUACAAGUGGUUAAAAUGGUACCAAAGCUAAGGGUAGAAAAUGGAUAAUCAAAAUUAUAUCUAGAGUAUUUAUUUUAAUAACCUCAAAGUCACCCUUAAAGCAAGUGUAGCUAAUAAAAUAAUUCCAUAAUUAUAGCUCUCAAUUGUGCAGUACUGAAAGAAACACAUGUUUAGCAGCACAAGUCCCAUGCCUUACUGAAGUCAUUGACUGGGCGGGACAAUUUCCGCCUGCUGGGGCUGGUUUUUCAAAACUUUGAAUCUGGAUAACAGUGAUCCUCAUUUCCUAUAUUUUGUGAUCGAAAUUACUUCGAUCUCGAUCCCAAAAUACAGGAUUACAAAAUCCGGAUAGCUGUUAUCCAGAUUACCUCUGAAGUGUGCCACUAACUGAAGGCACGGUUUGAACUCAGUACCAGAUAACAUUAUUAUUUGUUUAUUUAGCAGACGCCUUUAUCCAAGGCGACUUACAGAGACUUGGGUGUGUGAACUAUGCAUCAGCUGCAGAGUCACUUACAAUUACGCCUCACCCAAAAGAUGGAGCACAAGGAGGUUAAGUGUAACCUCCUUGUGUUAACAUUACUGUACCAUUCAAAACUGCACCUUUGCCAACCACAAUGAAAGUGCCCCAGAUUUAUGGCAUCAUUUUGUUAGCUACACUUUCAAACAUAAAAGACAGGGGUAGCUAAAUAUUAAUAAUUAUAAAUGAUCUGUAAUUAAAGAUAAAAAAAAAAUCGAGACAUAUAUUUUGUUAGCAGUUAUUUUCAGUUAUUACACUGUAACGCUUUUCUUGUAUAAGAGAUAAUGUUGCCCUUCACUGGAACUACAAAGAGUAUGGUUGAGAGGACACUCACUUUAUACAAUGAGAUAUUAUUAACUUAGGCUUUUAGAGUUCUCAAUAUGGAUGAACAGAUGGACUUUAUCAUGCCUCACUAGACUUUACAAUGCUUACCUAUGCUUUAUCGUGCUUUCACUGUGCUUUAUUACCCUUGUGAAUGUAUGUGUUGAUACAAUUCUGGGUGAUUACCCAGUGCUGUACAGUGCUCUAAAAAUAUGUAGCUUAUCAGGUAUACGUUGAUCAAAAGUCUAUGUAAGUUCCAUUUUUAUGAAAAUAUUGAACUCUAUUUAAAAAUUCUAAGUUCUGGAAUUUUUAGCUAAAAAUGCUGGCCAGCUGUCCGUUAGAUGCUGACUUACAGAGAAUAGUUUUGCAUGGAUUGUAACUUGCUGUUUUUUGCUCUGCACUUGUUUUCAUGUUCAUUCAGCUAUGUUCCAUGCUGCCUCUGAGAGUGCUGAAUGCCCAGGCAUGCGCUUUGAUUUCAUCAUUUCAGAAAGUUGCUUGAAGCUGUUAUCUUUCAAUGCUCUACCAGCCCUAUAAUAUUCCAUAGUAUAGUAUAGCAUUAUAUUGUAUUGUGCACACUGCCCUCCAAUAAUAAAUGCAAUAUUAAUGCAGUAUAAUGCAGAAACACUGUGGAAGCACUGGAGCCCAAACGCUGGUCUGCUUGACUCAGUUUAGUUUCAGUAACACUGAUGAAGGCACUAGAGCCCAAACGCUGGUCUGCUUGACUCAGUUUAGUUUCAGUAACACUGAUGAAGGCACUAGAGCCCAAACGCUGGUCUGAUUGACUCAGUUUAGUUUCAAUAACGCUGAUGAAGGCACUGGAGCCCAAACGCUGGUCUGCUUGACUCAGUUUAGUUUCAAUAACACUGAUGAAGGCACUAGAGCCCAAACGCUGGUCUGCUUGACUCAGUUUAGUUUCAGUAACACUGAUGAAGGCACUAGAGCCCAAACGCUGGUCUGCUUGACUCAGUUUAGUUUCAGUAACACCGGUGAAGGCACUAGAGCCCAAACGCUGGUCUGCUUGACUCAGUUUAGUUUCAGUAACACUGAUGAAGGCACUCUAAAUUAAGAUCCCAUUCUAAAUUAUAGUUGCAAAAAGACAAUUCUGAAAUUAGCUACUUACUGAAAAGGUCACUUACUGGAAUGAGGAAAUUAAACAAUAAUGUUAACUAAAUGCAAUCUAAAAACAAUAACCAAUGCUUGUUACAAACUACAAAUGUAAUUGUUAAAUUUGAGACCUUAAUGAACCCUAACUCUUUGCAUCGUGGGAAAAAAAAAUCUGAAGAAUUAAUGAUUUUUGUGAGAGAAAAAAACAAAUCAAAUUUUGUAAUCUAUUUUUUAUUUUUAUAAAAUGUAUA